CUAAGCACCGUCUUCCAUGGCGUUCGUUCUCUGUCCCUCUCUUUGCGGUUACUCUAUAAAUACGAUCACACUGUCACUGUGAUCCGCCAUAGGUUUAGGCUCGUUCAAACCCUCCGACACUUCUUUCGCUGUUGUCCGUCUCUUCGUGAUGGAAGCUGCCGGAUUGUUCUUGAGCGUCGUCCCCAAACCAACUGCUGCCGACGACAAUAAAUCACACUGUGCGGCCGGUCUCGGUUCAACGUAUAGGCGCCUGUCUUUCGCAGCAUCUAAUAUAGGUAGGAAUGGCGUCAGUUUCCCAUUGUUGAGGCGUCGUUCUGGAUUUGAAUCUCAGAGGCAAAGGUCAUUGAUCGUGUCUCCGAAGGCCGUGUCCGAUUCCCAGAAUUCGCAGACUUGCCUCGAUCCAGCAGCGGACAAGAGUGUCUUGGGAAUUAUUCUAGGAGGUGGAGCUGGUACUAGACUUUAUCCUCUCACAAAGAAGAGGGCGAAGCCGGCAGUUCCUCUUGGAGCAAAUUAUCGGCUAAUUGACAUUCCUGUGAGCAAUUGCUUGAACAGUAACAUAUCCAAAAUCUAUGUUCUCACCCAAUUCAAUUCUGCUUCCCUUAAUCGCCACCUUUCAAGGGCAUAUGCAAGUAACAUGGGCGGUUACAAGAAUGAAGGCUUUGUUGAGGUUCUUGCAGCUCAACAGAGUCCAGAAAAUCCAGAUUGGUUCCAGGGUACAGCAGAUGCUGUAAGGCAAUAUAUAUGGCUGUUUGAAGAGCACAAUGUUCUUGAGUUCCUCAUUCUUGCUGGAGAUCAUUUGUACAGAAUGGACUAUGAGAAAUUCAUUCAGGCCCACAGAGAAACAGACGCUGACAUAACCGUUGCUGCAUUGCCUAUGGAUGAAAAACGUGCCUCAGCAUUUGGACUAAUGAAAAUCGAUGAAGAGGGACGGAUUAUUGAAUUUGCAGAGAAACCAAACGGAGAACAGUUAAAAGCUAUGCAGGUCGAUACUACCAUCUUGGGACUUGAUGAUACUAGAGCAAAGGAGAUGCCAUACAUUGCAAGUAUGGGAAUAUAUGUUAUCAGCAAAGAUGUGAUGAUAAAUCUUCUCCGAGACAAGUUUCCUGCGUCUAAUGAUUUCGGAAGUGAAGUUAUUCCUGGAGCUACAGCCAGCGGACUAAGAGUGCAAGCUUACUUGUUUGAUGGCUACUGGGAAGACAUUGGUACCAUUGAAGCUUUCUACAAUGCCAAUCUAGGGAUCACGAAAAAGCCUGUGCCAGAUUUUACCUUCUAUGAUCGAUCUGCUCCAAUCUACACCCAGCCGAGGUACCUACCUCCUUCUAAAAUGCUGGAUGCAGAUGUCACAGAUAGUGUCAUUGGUGAGGGCUGUGUGAUCAAGAACUGUAAAAUCCAUCACUGUGUAGUUGGACUUAGAUCGUGUAUAUCAGAGGGUGCAAUCAUAGAGGAUUCCUUAUUGAUGGGCGCAGAUUAUUACGAGACCCAUGCGGACAGGAGAAAUAUGAUUGCUAAGGGAGGAAUUCCCAUCGGCAUCGGUAAGAAUGCUCAUAUCAAGAGAGCCAUCAUCGACAAAAAUGCUCGAAUAGGAGAGAAUGUGAAGAUCAUUAACAGCGACAACAUACAAGAAGCAGCAAGAGAGGCGGACGGAUACUUCAUCAAGGGCGGCAUUGUCACCGUGAUCAAGGACGCCGAGAUCCCCAGUGGUACUGUGAUCUAGACAUUAUUUAUAGGAUCAUCAACAGGUAUCUUUGAAUAUGGCUUCUAUACUUUUGAUUCGAAACUGAGUCGAUAAAUUAUUUGCGAGGAUAAUUUUGAUGUACGUGUUGAUGGCCAUAGCAAUAGCAAUAGCAAUAGCAAUAGCCCGGAUAAUAGAGAUAUAUACAAUGCCGAAAUGUCGAUGUUUUGAGAGGGCUGCUUAUAAAUUAUGGAAGGAAGAUCACUUUGAUCAAACUAAUCUUAGAUUUACUGAAAGUAAUUUGAUUGAACUGCAAAUUUUAUUCAUAAUUUCACGAGGUUUUGUUCCAA